AUGAAUUUGGAAAUGACUUUUGAUGGCAAGAUGAAGUCUGUGAACGAGCAGCCUGACCAGAAGUCAUGUCAUAAGAAGGCUAAAGGUUUGCUUUUUCUUUUGUCCCCAUGGUGGUGCCCUGCUGCUAUGGUUCUCAUCAUCGUUUGCCUGGGGUUAUCAGUGACCCUCAUUUUACAGUGGAUGCAAUUACUCCAGGUAUCUGACCUCCUAAAGCAAUACCAAGCAAACCUUACUCACCAAGAACAUAUCCUGGAGGGACAGAUCUUAGCCCAGCAGCAAGCAACAAAUGCUUCAGAGAAGAAACUCAAGGAAACUAUAGACACCCUUACCUUGGAGCUGCAGGAGAAAUCCAAAGAGCAGGAAAAACUUCUGCAACAGAACGUGAACCUCCAAGAAGCCCUGCAGAGAGCUGAAAACUUUUCAGGUCCUUGCCCAGAAGACUGGUUAUGGCAUAAAGAAAACUGCUACCUGUUCUCUUCAGAGUCAUCUUACUGGACAAAGAGCCAAGAAACUUGCCUGUCUUUGGAUGCUCAGAUGCUACAAAUUAAUAGCGUAGAUGAUCUGAACUUCAUCUCGCAAGCAACUUCCCAUUCCACCUCGCCAUUUUGGAUGGGAUUGCACCGGAAGAAACAAAAUGAACCCUGGCUGUGGGAAAAUGGCUCUCCUUUGCGUCCUCACUUAUUUAAGAUCAGGGGGAUUCCUUCCCAGACACAUCCAUCAGGCACCUGUGUGUACAUUCAAGAGGGAGCUGUUUUUGCUGACAACUGCAUUUUAACUGCAUUCAGCAUUUGCCAGAAGCAGGCAAAGCUAUUGCCAAUGCACUGAAUUUAAAGAUCCUGGAAGAACAGGAGAAGACCUUGGAAUGUUGUUAUGAAAUUUAAGCUAUUCUUGCUUACUUGAAUGUAAAACAUGA